AUUCGGCUUGCCGCUUACUUGGCGGGUGUAGUGCGCUCUUGUUACUUACGAGGAUCGUAUCGUACUAACGGGGGACGUUGACACGCGACAUUUAGAAACGUAAAAAAAUAAUAGGGGAAAACUGAUUUUGUAACACACGUUCUGGCUACCGCGGUUACAGAAUAAUACACAACGGACGACACCUAGUGCCCAGACCGCGUAAUCCCGGUCCCAUUGAUGCCAGUAUUUGGACGCUCGCAUUAUUAAGAUAAUGCAAUAAUGUGUUGUCAAAGGAUCUACCUUUCCGUGGGACUGUUCGGUGUCCUACUGUUAUCGAGCAACGCUGACAACAGCGUACAUAUUCUAUCGAAGUACCAGCAAUUGGUGACAUCGACCACCCUCAACUGGCUACCUCGCGCCCACUAUGAUUCAUCGAGGGAGAUAGUGAUCGGUGGUUUCGAGAUCGAAGAAGCAGAAGACGACUCGUACAACAAUCAAGCGGAGAAGUCGGAAAGAAAGAGACCCCUGUUCGUAUGUCGGGUGCUGCACAACACGGUUUUGGUGGCUGGAAGCCAGAGAGGCGACGAGAAACGAUGCACCGUGACGAUUCACGGUAGCGUGCAGUCGUACGACAAAUACGAGCUGUUGGAGAACGUCGACAAUGCGGCCCGCGUCAACUGGGAACACUGGGACAAAUACAAGUCAGCCCCUAUCGGCGCGGUGGCUGCGGAAAAGAUGUUCGUCGCCCGACACGCGGUUCACAAUGGCAAAGAAACAUCCCCGGACGCGACGACGCGGUACACCCAUUAUAUAGGAACCCUCAAUUCGAACGACAAUUUCGCGACCAUCAGCUACGUGAGGGACGACGGCACCGAGGGGUCGGCAAAAUCCGGUGACGUUCUGGUGGAAACGGAACCGAUAUACUACGACCUAAAUCGAGUGAAAUUGAAUUGGCCUAAAAAGCGUGUGAUCAAACGCACCGCCCGUGUACUGGGCGAGGCGAUAAUCGCGAAUACAGGAGAGGAGGCUGCGAACGUGGCCCAAGCUUUCGGGUACGCUUACAAGUACUCGGUGUACUGGGGUCAAGGACACGCUAUUCUGAAAGGUCUAAAUACCUCGAUCACCCUGACGAAUGGGACCACUUUGCCGAAGAUCGUAUGGGGCACUAUGGAGACCACCAAUCGUACGGACGUGUACACGGUAGAGAUAUUCUUGAAACCCGGCACAGGACUGAAUGUUACUUUGAAGGCGAAUUAUACUGAUAUGGAGGUACCAUAUUCUGGGACACUGAUAUCUCAUUACGAAGAUGGUGAAACUAAAUCAAGAGUAAUAAGUGGGAUACGCAGAGAAGAGACUAUGUUUGAUGUCACACCAGAAUUUGGAUCCAUCUACUUCCUGGGUAAUUACAGUCUAGUUCCUACCACUACCGUGCCGCCCACUACAGAAGCAACGAGUACCACCCCGUUGCCAUCGACUGUGAUCAAGGAUAUUCAUAAACAGGACAUGGAUAACGAGGAUCACGAUGAAAACAUGAUAAUAGCACCGAAAAAGUCGGAUAUGUCCAACAUGCAAAGCGACGACGGUGGACCGUUAUCGUUGAAGAAUAAGGUAGAAGUUUCUCAUUCUGGAAGCUGUUCGUUCAGACUGAACGCUAUGUUUAUACUUUCGUUAACGAUGAUCGUUCAUAGAAUCACGUGAAAACAUCUAUGAGAGAUUACCAUAUUUCCCAACGUUGCAAUAGUAAUAUAUUCGUAGUACAGUGAAAGGUUAUUAACAUACAUACAUACACAUUCUCACACAUACAUACACAGAAACACAGUUGAAAAAAGAAAAAAAAAGAAAAAAAAAGACAACCAAACAUGAGAUGUUGCUGUAAUUUCGUACAUAGCGACUAUGGCACGAAAUAAAAGCCUCCUUGAUUAAAUUGCUGAUUGUCAGAUCGCAGUAUCAGCACUGACAUAUGCUUGCCUUUCGAAUAAACAGAACUUGAUAUUUAAUACGUACGUUCGUACCGUGUAUAUUAGGUAUCAAGUUUUCUUUUAAUGCAAAUUUAUAUAUACAAAUAUAUAUAUACAUGAAAUAUAUAUAUAUACACGUUUAGGAUAGUAAAGGAUGAGAGAAAAGAAUACCUUAACGAUGAGCUAGACUCAUGAGAAUGUUAAGUACAAGCGAUUGCAGCCAAUGUGUAUGUUAACAGGAGUAAUUUGUUAACAUUACCUCUAUAUUGUUGAAUAACUGAGUGUAACUAAUGACAUUCCGUCUUUACUAAUUCCGCUGUGAAUCGAUUUUCCAGCUAAAACUAUUUUAUGCCUUUGCAAAGUGUAAUUUCUAGACCUUCUAGAAGAAUUUAAAAAGCUUAAAAAAAAAAAAAGAAAAAAAAGGGAAAGAAACGAUACAUUCUUUGAGAAUCGUGUUCAGAGAGUUAGAAUUUACUGCAGGUAUUAUCUCGGGCAAACUAGCUUAUAAUGAGAAAGAGUCAAAUGAAAAUGAAAACGAGGGAAAAAGAUGCGCGAGUUAAUGCAGUUACAAUAUAUAUAUUUUUGAGAUUGCAGUAUAAUUUUAGAAAAGUGUAAGAUUUAUAAAGGUGUAGCGAGUAAGAUUAUGUAGAAUACAGGUGGAUGGGUACAGAUAUUUUCUUCUAAACUAAUUGUAAUAUCACAACAGCAGUGACUUAGAUAUCAAGACUUUGAAUGGUACAGGAAAGACUCAUUAUUUCUAAAUUAUUAAUAUUUCUGACUGCCGAGAAUGAUUUGAAUUCUAGUAAUGUAUGUACCCAUCUAUCUCUGAUGUAAAGUGAUAGGGUUUGGAGAUUCCUAGAAGAUAACUGUUAAUGGAAAUUGUAAUGGUAAAGGAAUGCAUUAUUUUAAUUUGUAUAGAUAUGUUAAUAAUUUAUGAGAUACAUUUCUUUGAUAAGCAAAAGAGAAAUAUGGACUUAUUGAAUUUCGUGCUUGAUUUAAAUAUAUUUUAGUUCAAUGCACAAGGAAGAAAAUAGUAUUGUCAUAUAUUCUUAGGAUUCCAGUAAUAUUUUCUUGCAAAUUUAUAUAUGUAUAUAGUGUAUUUCUAUAUUAUUAUUAUUAUUAGAUGUAAUUGUUAUCAAAUUAUUUAAUCAUUUAUAGUUUCUCCUGAUGGUAUUAAUCGUAAUAUUUUAUUACAAUUGUAAUAUCAAUGAAAAUAAUGUGAAAGAUUCAUUUUAAACAGAUGUCCAUGGGUUUCUAAUAUGUAGUAUUUAUCAAAGUAAGCCUAAUCACAACAUUGUGAUAUUCAGUAAAAUUUUAUGUAGAAUAUACAAGAAUGUGACAUAUUCUGUUAAAUAAUUUGUUAAUUGUCAUAGAAAGCAAUAAUUUGUUGCAAGAUUGGGACAUGCGAGUUUUAGAAUGAUGUGCGUUUAAAUGAAACAGAAGAAAAAAGUAGGUAGAAAAUGCAAGAUAUAACGUUUAAUACUGUGAGCAAUAUUUUCUCAUUGUGAAUAAAGUGAUGUAAUGGAUGUAGCCCCCAAAUAACUGAAUAGUACGUUUAUCCAAGAUAAAAUUAAUGAAAGAAAUGAAAGAUAUAGGAAAUCUAUAUAUUUGGAAAAAGAAAUUACUGCUUAUUUUUUAGUUGCUUCUUCAUAUUACUGUAUGCCUUUGAAAAAGUGUUAAUAAAAAUUCAAAUGCAAAAAACUACAUUUAACAGUA